GCGUAGGUGUUCGGCUUUGAAAUGCAGCGGGAUUUAGUGAGUUUGCCCCUAUCCCCAGCGGUGAGGGUGAAGCUGGUGUCUGCAGGUUUCCAGACUGCUGAGGAACUCCUAGAGGUGAAACCCUCCGAGCUCAGCAAAGAAGUUGGGAUAUCUAAAGAGGAAGCCUUAGAAACUCUGCAAAUUAUAAGAAGAGAAUGUCUCACAAAUAAAACAAGUUAUUCUGGUACAGCUGAGUCAGGCAAGAAGUGCACAGCACUGGAACUUCUUGAGCAGGAGCAUACCCAGAGUUUCAUAAUUACCUUCUGUUCAGCACUAGAUAAUAUUCUUGGGGGUGGCAUACCCUUAACCAAAACAACAGAAAUUUGUGGUGCGCCAGGUGUUGGAAAAACACAAUUAUGUAUGCAGUUGGCAGUAGAUGUGCAGAUACCAGAAUGUUUUGGAGGAGUGGAAGGUGAAGCAGUUUUUAUUGAUACAGAGGGGAGUUUUAUGGUUGAUAGAGUGGUAGACCUUGCUAAUGCCUGCAUUCAGCACCUGCAGCUUAUAGCAGGAACACAUAUGGGAGAAGAGCACCCAAAAGCUUUGCAGGAUUUCACUCUUGAAAAUAUUCUUUCCCAUAUUUAUUAUUUUCGUUGUCGUGACUACACAGAGCUACUGGCACAAGUUUAUCUGCUUCCAGACUUCCUUUCAGAACACUCAAAGGUUCGAUUAGUGAUAGUGGAUGGUAUUGCUUUUCCUUUUCGUCAUGACCUAGAUGACCUAUCUCUUCGUACUCGGUUACUAAAUGGCCUAGCGCAGCAAAUGAUCAGCCUUGCAAAUAACCACAGAUUAGCUGUAAUUUUAACCAAUCAGAUGACAACAAAGAUUGAUAAAAAUCAGGCCUUGCUGGUUCCUGCACUGGGGGAAAGUUGGGGGCAUGCUGCUACAAUACGACUAAUCUUUCAUUGGGACCAGAAGCGAAGGUUGGCAACAUUGUACAAAUCACCAAGCCAGAAGGAUGCUACAGUACUAUUUCAAAUCACACCUCAGGGAUUUAGAGAUGCUGUUGUUGCUACUGCAUGUUCAUUGCAAACAGAAGGUUCAUUGAAUAUCCGGAAGCGGUCACGGGACUCAGAGGAAGAAAAGGAAUCCAAAGACUAGUCUCAGAGUAUACAUAUGUAUUGAUGCUGUGAGAGAUGCAGUGCUUACAAGUAGUGGACUCGUUACUUUAGAAUAUAAACACUAUGGCGUGAAUGAAUCCAGUCUAUAUUAAGUGAAUGGUGAAUGAAUGGAUCAGGUCUAUAUUAAGUGAAAACACUUAACAAAUAGGAUUCUCUGAAAGUUUUUCUAAACUAAGCAGUGUUCUACAGUUGUAUUUAACCCUGUUUUCAUUUUCAAUAACAUUCAGUAGAGAUGAUACAGUUAUUGUAUUUUGCAAAUGUGGAAAGCUGAUCGCUUGUGGCCAAUCUGAAUUUAAUUUUCAGACUGUUUUCUCCUCCUUUCUUUGCCAAUUGCCUAGACAUUUCUAGGAAGAAAAGAUUUUUUUCACAUUCCUAUUGUGCUCUCCUCUUUAAAUGUAGCUUUGAUAAUUCUUAAAAAUGACAUGUUUCUAUUAUGAAGAAAAGGCAGCACCAUGAGUCAGCAUAUCAUUACAUUCAGUUUAUGAGUAGGAUACACAUUUUGGAUGACCAGUCUGAUUUUAGUGACCCCAAUCCUAAAAUCUAAGUCAUUUGUUCAUUUUUUAAUGUUAUUUUGUAACAUUAAAGGAAGGACUUUAGAGUUGUUAUCCCAUCUAGAACAUUGACUGGAACAUAUAUCUAUGUUGUCAAGUUGAUAAGCUCACAGUCAUUUAUUUCUAUAUUUUUGAAACAUGGUGUGAUCCAGUUCUAGGUGUAUUGACAUUUUUCCUUUGAAUAAUCUUAAUACUGCUUGAAUAAAUUAAAAAUUUGGAUUGUUGAGUGGUUUCAAAAUUUAAAAAUGUUUUGGUACCUGGUUCUUAGUGCUUCUUAAUUCAUUUACAAAAUUUACUUUAACUCCCAGUGGAAGAAAAUUAUUUAAGUAAUUGAAUAUUGUAUACCGUGACAACCAUAUUUUCCAGACUUCAGUGACAGUUGGUAUUUCCUGUCCCAGACUGAACACUAAAUUCAUAAAAUUUUAAAAAUGUAAUUAUUCUGUAAUUGAUUAUACAUAGACUAACCAUAGUUGGCAAGGACUUUUUAAAGAAUGAAAAUAGGCACUGCUAACAAUUAUACCAGGACAUAAAUCAGGACUGUCCCAGGCAAAUCAGGCUUAUGGUCAUCCUAAUUAUGUAAGACUAAUUUCAAAUGACUACUUUAGUAUAGGAUAACUAAUUGUAACACUCUUAUUUUUGAGCGCUUUAAGGCAUAUGGUUUUUUUUUUCUUUUGUGGUACGUGGGCCUCUCACUGUUGUGGCCUUUCCCGUUGCGGAGCACAGGCUCCAGACAUGCAGGCUCAGCGGCCAUGGCUCACGGGCCCAGCCGCUCCGCGGCAUGUGGGAUCUUCCUGGGCCGGGGCAUGAACCCGCGUCCCCUGCAUCGGCAGGUGGGCUCUCAACCACUGUGCCACCAGGGAAGCCCCAUAUGUUUUUAUUAUAAUUAAUGCAGUCAUUAUAAAAAAUUACCUGUCAUUUUAUAUUCUGUCUACUCAAAUCAUAACGUCAAGAGAGUAAGGGGGUUGUUAAGUGAUAAAUAUCAGUGUUACCAGGCAUCAGAUACUGUUAAGAGGUCAUUUUAUAAAGCAUUAUAACACUGUACUUUAAAAGAACUAUGAGACCCCAAAAUGGAUUAAAGACCUAAAUGUAAGGCCAGACACUGUCAAACUCUUAGAGGAAAACAUAGGCAGAACACUCUGACAUAAAUCACAACAAGAUCCUUUUUGACUCACCUCCUAGAGAAAUGGAAAUAAAAAUAAACAAAUGGGACCUAAUGAAACUUAAAAGCUUUUGCACAGCAAAGGAAACCAUAAACAAGACAAAAAGACAACCCUCAGAAUGGGAGAAAAUAUUUGCAAAUGAAGCAACUGACAAAGGAGUAAUCUCCAAAAUUUACAAGCAGCUCAUGCAGCUCAAUAACAAAAAAACAAACAACCCAAUCCAAAAAUGGGCAGAAGACCUAAAUAAACAUUUCUCCAAAGAAGAUAUACAGAUUGCCAACAAACACAUGAAAGAAUGCUCAACAUCAUUAAUCAUUAGAGAAAUGCAAAUCAAAACUACAAUGAGAUAUCAUCUCACACCAGUCAGAAUGGCCAUCAUCAAAAAAUCUACAAACAAUAAAUGCUGGAGAGGGUGUGGAGAAAAGGGAGCCCUCUUGCACUGUUGGUGGGAAUGUAAAUUGAUAACAGCUACUAUGGAGAACUGUAUGGAGAUUCCUUAAAAAACUAAAAACAGAACUACCAUACGACCCAGCAAUCCCACUACUGGGCAUAUACUCUGAGAAAACCAUAAUUCAAAAAGAGUCAUGUACCAAAAUGUUCAUUGCAGCUCUAUUUACAAUAGCCAGUACAUGGAAGCAACCUAAAUGUCCAUCAACAGAUGAAUGGAUAAAGAAGAUAUGGCAUAUAUAUACAAUGGAAUAUUACUCAGCCAUAAAAAGAAGCGAAAUUGAGUUAUUUGUAGUGAGGUGGAUGGACCUAGAGUCUCAUACAGAGUGAAGUAAGUCAGAAAUACCGUAUGCUAACACAUAUAUAUGGAAUCUAAGAAAAAAAAAUGGUCAUGGAGAACUGAGGGGCAAGACGUGAAUAAAGACAGACCUACUAGAGAAUGGACUUGAGGAUAUGGGGAGGGGGAAGGGUAAGCUGGGACAAAGUGAGAGAGUGGCAUGGACAUAUAUACACUACCAAACGUAAAAUAGAUAGCUAGUUGGAAGCAGCUGCAUAGCACAGGGAGAUCAGCUGGGUGCUUUGUGACCACCUAGAGGGGUGGGAGGGAGGGAGACACGAGGGAAGAGAUAUGGGAACAUAUGUAUACGUAUAACUGAUUCACUUUGUUAUAAAGCAGAGACCAUUGUAAGGCAAUUAUAUUCUAAUACAGAUGUUAAAAAAAAAUGAAACCCUGAAUAUUGACAAAGCCAAGUGUAUUUCUUUUUGUUUGCAACUCUUUUUAAAUAAAAUUUUCAUAUAGCCU